UCCAACAGCUCGCCCGUUUUGCUUUAUCACGAAAACGGGAAUUUGAUGGUUAGCCACUUAAGAAUUAUUGCUGAUCGCAGCAGUUUUGGCAAAAUAAUGUUAAACAUGUUGUGUAACGGGAGCCACCUACGUCCGCUUCCAUCCUGGAAUUACUACUUCUUCACUUCCUGUAUGCUAUUUGUAUUUCUGCACGAGGCCGCGACUCCGCCUAUUUAUUCGUAAUCCGCUGUUCGCAUAAUACAAAAUCAUUAUGUGAGCCAUAUUCAUGAACCAUCAAAAAUUGGUCAGCCUUUUCUUAAUUCAUUUUCGAUGCCGAAAUGGUGAGAAAGGUCGUUUAUCCACUUUUCUCGGUGUAAUUUGAGAGAAUAAGCUGUUUUUGACUGCCACAAUUAUUCUGUAACGUGUUGCAUUUUACUGCUUUACCACAUUUAUAUGGCUGACGAUAAUUUCAUCUUUUCCGCUGGAAUGACGGUUUCGCAGUCGGUCGAGGGAUUAGCACCGGCUAAUACAGAAUCUGUUGAAACCAAAUUGGAUAGAAUCGUAGACGAAACUGAAUAUCUGCACCAUAACAAACUGUUCCAGUUGUGCCGGCCCUUUUUACACAUCCUGCGCCUCGGCGGCCUGUUUUUCAUCAAUCCCGGUAUCCAUACUCGUCAACCAGCCAACACCAGCGUGACGCCCGGCGACAUUACACCGAAAUCGCGCGGUUAUCAAUGGCGUCACCGUCUGGAGCAGUUCUGCCGAAUUUACUCAAUUAUAAUCUUCCUGGUCACGGUAGCAUUCAGCAUACACGUAAUUUGCGGGGUUAUCGCGAAAUUCACCGGCGUUCCCAUCACAUACGAUAACCUGGGUCAGCUGGUCAACGCCGUGACCUUUCUCUUGUGGAUAGCCCAGCUGCUGAUUGUCCACGUUAUUAUGCUGCGCGCCUGCUGGCGAAAAGCGGGAAUUGUGGCGUUUUUCAUGUGCUGGGACGGAAUGCGGUACCGGUGCGCGUUUGACCUUUGCAAAUGCAACAACUUUGCCCAGAAAUUUGAUCGGAAAAUUAAAACAUUGUCCGUGAUUGCGGUUGUCCAUCUGCUGAUCGUCAUAGCCGGGCAAGUGGAAGCGUUAGUGAUUCCGACGCGCGGUUUACGCUUACUGCUGUUGAGCGCUAUUCCCGAGGAGGGCGUGUACCAGACCGUCGUCAUGGCUUUUGACGUCGCUGCAUCCGUGUAUUUAUCCUUUGUCUUUGUUGUCCCGUGUUAUCUGUUCCUCGCGGUGUCGUUUCUCAUCGAUUUCGAUUUUUUCCAUCUGAAUUAUGAUAUGAAGUCAUCCGUUUCAGCAGCCGAACUACCGGCGUGGAUUGAAUGGUUCCGCUUGCGGCACAAUUCCUUAUGCGUUCUCCUGGAAGAAGGCGACAGGCUCUUCGCUGCUUUCGUGCUGACCACCUUCACCUCCAAUAUACUGCAGGUGCUGCUGAUAAUCUUUCAGCUGUACGAUCUCGGACAAAAGGGGCUUUUGGAGCCCAUUCUGCUGACGUUUCUGCUGAUCUAUCUCUUGACCUUUUUCGCAGAUAUUCAUGAUGUAUUCUACUGGAGCCUCGCUUAACCGGAAUGCCCACUCGCCUUCUGAAAGGCUGUACGAGCUGAAUACGAACGACCUCACGGAAAAUCAAACUCUGCACCUACAAACCUUUCUUAGCAAGCUAACCUGCACAACGAUAGGAUUCUCGGCAUGGAAAAUGCUGACGGUGACCUCGUCGACUGUUAUGGCUUUGAUGGGGACGUACCUCACUUACCAGAUACUGGUGUUCCAGCUGCAGUUGGAUUUGAAACUGAAGGCCAACAUCGAGAAGCUGCCAUGUUCCUGCACGGCGGAGAACAUGACAAGCUUCCUGGGGUCCAAUCAUUCUGACCAUAACAUCUGGCAGCAGCAUAAUGAAUAAAUAAC